AACAUAAACUCCCAGUAGCCUUUUUUAUACCAACACUCAAUUCACCCUUGACCCUCCCACACUCAAACUAGCUUUUGCCAGUUCCUACUUUAAUGACCAGAUCAGAGAAUGAAUGGCUGAGAUGACCAAAUGGGGAUUGGGGGUUUGUAGUCUUCUUCCUUUGCCACUUUUCUGUUUCUGAGUAUAUAUAUCAGUAAGGUGGUUGAGGCCAAAACUUGGUUCAAACUUAGCUGCAAAUUGGUGAAAUUCACUUGUGGCAUUGUUUACUUGGGGGUCAAAAUUUAUUAGGGAUUUUUUUUUUUUUGGGUGAUGGAAUCAUCAUCAUCAUCGUCUUCAUCGAAGAGGGCCAAGGCACCGGGUAACGCUGUGCAGGUUGCUAAUUGCUUGGUUGAUGGGUGUAAUGCUGACCUGAGCCAGUGUAGAGAAUAUCAUCGUCGGCAUAAAGUUUGUGAGCUCCAUUCGAAGACUGCAAAGGUCACGGUUGGAGGUCGUGAGCUCAGGUUCUGCCAACAAUGUAGUAGGUUUCAUUCUUUGACAGAAUUCGAUGAGGGAAAACGGAGCUGCAGAAAACGUCUGGAUGGUCACAACAAGCGACGAAGGAAGCCUCAGCCAGACAACAAUCUCAACAAAAGUUCAGGAUUGCUUUAUUCUCCUAGUCAACAAGCAGGUGCAAAGCUUCUUCAGUUUGGUAGUUCUCAUCAUCAAAUGUUUCCAAGUGCUUCUGCAUGGUCAUCGUCAUCGGGGGUGAUCCAAGCGGAGAACGACAUGAUGCUCUACAACAACCAACACCACUUUAACUACAUGGACACACAAAAAGCCUUCCAGCAGGAUCAUCGUCACGACUACAAAGAAGUGAAUCAGUUUCAGUUCAUGCAAGGCGGGAGUAGUAGUGACCGCAUUUUCCCAGAAGCUUCAAUCUCCCAACCACAACACAUCAACAUCAAUAAUUCAGCAGCAAGCAGGCAAAGGGUCUUCCAUGGUGGAUACGAUGACUCCGAUCAUCGUGCUCUCUCUCUUCUGUCAUCCUCUCCUGCUGUCACUACCCACACGUUUACUACUCCCCAUCAUCACCCACAGCCAUUACCCCACGCCCUGCACUAUGAACCUCUAAGCACCCACUAUUCUUUCUCUCAAGAAACCGAUGAAACCAAGCCGCCUCGAGUCUCUCAAGAACCCGAUAGCAGCCCUCAUCAAACGCUCACGUUCAGCUGGGAGUAACCCGCCCGCCUGCCCGCCCCUUUGCUGUUAAUAAACUUUGUUCGAUUCGAUCUAGCCAUAUGCUCAUGGAAAUGAUGCUAGCUGUACUAUGUAUGUUCAGAUGAUAGAAUUUGUGCUACUUUUCUUCUAAUGUGGAUCUGAUACACUUUCUUGUUGGUUAAAACUUAAAACCAUCUUUCUUGGCUUGAUUAUUAUUAUUUGAUUCCUACAUUCCAGGGGGCUUAUUAUAUUC